AUGGUGCACAUCCCGUGCGCCAGUGCUUUGGUGCAGCAGGAUGAUUUCCAGCACAUUCUCCGUGUGCUCAACACGAACAUCGACGGUAAGCAGAAGAUCGUCUUCGCCCUGACCGCCAUCAAGGGUGUUGGUCGCCGUUUCGCCAACGUUGUGUGCAAGAAGGCCGACGUUGACCUGAACAAGAGGGCCGGCGAGCUGUCCAACGAUGAGGUCGACAAGAUCGUCAACAUCAUCCAGCACCCCCGUCAGUUCAAGAUCCCCGAUUGGUUCCUUAACAGGAAGAAGGACAUCAAGGACGGCAAGUACACUCAGGCCUACUCCAACAUUCUCGACCAGAAGCUCCGUGAGGACUUCGAGCGUCUCAAGAGGAUGAGGUGCCACCGUGGUCUGCGUCACUUCUGGGGUCUCCGUGUGCGCGGUCAGCACACCAAGACCACCGGCCGCAAGGGCCGCACCAUGGGUGUGUCCAAGAAGAGGGAGAACAGGUAA